CCCGGACACACACGCACGCGCUAAAAAUAGAUUCACCGCGGCUCCAGUGACAAAAUGAACACUUCCACGCCGGCGUGCAUCCACAUGUAGCUUCAUUCCUGAGAAAUGCACACUUAACACAUCCACGUACAAUGACGCAUGCAUGAGACGAUGGCUCGGUCUUCCAAAAAAAAAACGUUUUACUCUAGAUCGCGUGACCAGCCUCCACUUUGCCACGUUUAAAAGCCUAUAUAAAAACCGACCCGCAAUCCAUCGCCAUUUACUGAAAUGCAGUCUGGUGCCAGACACUCAUCAGUCACAAACAAAUCAUUGUGCUUUAGCGAACGUCUUCAGACACGAGGGCCAUUAGAGAGUCCGUCUUGUGGGAAAUCUCAAAGACAUCUGUGGUAAGAGCUUACUGCCUUUACAAUGCGACCUUAUCAUGACUACACAGUGUACUUUUAAAAUAAAAACUGCGUUAAUUAUCAUAUGACUAAAAAGUUUUAUAUUUGCUUUUAGCUGAAAUCAUCCGACCACAACAAUAUGGAUAUUUGUGCUAUGAAUAGUAUAAUAAAAAUAACAAUAAAUGAUAUGCAUUGCUCACUUGAGAAGUGUAACAACGCAUGAAAUAAGUUACUUUUAUCACUGUUUUUUGCUCUGUACUGAAUGUAACAGGGUUGAUGGACGUUUUGCUCUGGAGACCCACCAGAUGGUGCCAUUUAUUAGUAAAAUCUGAUGAAGCGGAAAGGUGCAAAAAUAUCAUCAAUCAGCUUUUCUAUAAUUCUGUAAUAAGCCUACAUACAUACAUAAUACACUGUUAUACACCACAGCGUGUGAUAUGCAAUGGCAUCAUGUCUCUUUAAGGCUGUGAAACACGUGCUGAAUGACAAAGACAAGCUCAGGUGUAGCUCCGCAUUCAGUUCCAGCUUGUUUUUUUUCAAACCAAAGAAGAAACCAAUUAGCUAAUGGUUCAUUAAGAAGCGGUGGUUUUCAUCACAGUCAACUAAAAUCAUUUCAGUCCAAUUAUAACGACUGGUUAUUGAUACUACGUAUUUGUGAUAGCGUGACCAGCACCUAACAAAAUGUGUUUAUAACGUACAGGAAAACAACGAGAGGUCACGGAACAAUGGGAGACGUCACAAUGGGCUCCGUAUGUGGCGAAUGUAGCAAUUAAUAGACACAUUCAGCAUCAGUAUGUGUGAAGGGCCCUCAGCGAUCUCUGGUCCCAUUCCUCCAGACCCCACACUGUUUCCUGAGUAUUACAAACGGCCGUCCUCUGCGUGCGGUCGUCUGGAGGGAAACGCUCCGCUUCUGAAGGGCCCGUUAGCUCCGGACCCCGGGUGUUGCAGCGCCCGCUCCAGCCCUCGGCCGCGCAUCGGAGCCAACGCCGCUCACAUCCUGGAGAGAGGACAGAGAGGGGUUGUGGGAGAGCUGCUGAAGCUGGAGGGAGUGGCGCUGAACCCAAGCCCGGCCAAACCUAAACCUGCCAUACGGGACUUUGGUAAAGAAAAUGUGCGCAAGCUUCGUGAAGUCCAGAAGCGCUUUCGAGAGCUGGAGGCGCAGAGAGAACACGCCAAACCCAUGCCAGUGAAAGCACUCUGGAUCUCUCCAAAAUACCAGGACGUCCCCUCCAGGGUAAUGGCCCAGUUACAGGAGACGAGCCCUCUCAAGAAACCCGAAUGUCAGAACUUCCUGAAGGCUCAUUCUCUUUGUGGAGCCGGAGGUCGUCCCCCGCUCCGUCGCUCCGAGAGCGGCCCGUCGCCGCCGGCAGGGGACUCCGAUUCUGAGAUGCUCGUGAGAGGACGCACGGUGGACUUCGUGAGCCACAACGCUCGCGCCGCGGCGAAGACCAACCUGAGGAGAUCCCAGUCCUUACAGAACCUCGGAGACAAGCCGCCCCCCAGCGCCGAGAAGGGCAAAGUACCGCAAUAUCUGGAGCAGAGGAAGUUGCAGUGGAAGAAAGAGGAAGAGGAGAGAAGAAGAAACACCCCCGAUCCGUCCGUUCCUGCUGGACACACUCAGAUGUCUGAAAGAGAGAGACAGGAGACCCUGCAGUCCCUCAAAGAAACUCACAGGUCUCUGGUCAGUGAGCUGCUGUCUCUCCCCGUCAAAGUCGACACAGUGAGCGUCCGCUCUCGCCGCGCUCAGCUCGAUCAGCGUCUCUCGGAGGUCGAGGAGGCCAUCAAAAUCUUCUCGCGGGAGAAAGUCUACGUGAAAGCCGACUCUUGAGAAAGCGCACUCAUAUAAUUUUAUAUGUAUGUAUUUAUCAGUUAGCAGCAGCUGCUCGUCUGUGUCCUGACUGCUCUUACGCUUGACACUAUAAAGAGAUUUGUGGCUAAAUAUGCAUAUUACUGGCAGAAAUUGAUUUCCUUUUUGCUUAUCCUAUUCUGUAUCCAUGCUUUGGUUCGAUUAUUAUGAGAUUAAAUAGCUAUAAUUAUCAAAAAGGCAUAAUUAUGAGAUGAAAUGUCAAAUAUUAUGAGCAAAACAUCUUUAAAUAUGACAUUUUGUUUAAAAUUCUGAUUGUUUGUCAAAGGUUUCAUUCUCAAAAUUAUGAUUUAGUGUGUAAUAAUAUUGACUUUAUCUCAUAAUUACAUAUUUAUCUCAUAAGUGACUUUUAUCUCACAAUUAUGUCUUAGACAGCUUUGAUUUUAUUUUGCAAUCAUGAAGUUGUCGUAAUUUUAAAUUACCAAAGCAUUAUAUAGCAGAAAUGGGUUUCCAUAGUAUUUGGUGCAUUUGUUUAUAAGUUCAGAACUGUCUGUAUAUUAUUAAAUAUUCUAUGUAAUCAAACAUAUUUCUGCUGCCAUGAACAGUAACAACUGUUGAAUGUCUACUAUGGCAAGGUGCUGAUCGCAAUGCUGUCAUUUAAUGUUAUGAUAUGAUGUGUCAUUGAAAUUAAUUUUAGUAUUACUAAAAAGUGGUGCUUUUACACGCUAUACAACAAAACUCAAAACUCAAAAACACACAGUGUUUAUUUAAUCAUGUUAAUUAAGUUUCAAAAAGUACCCCAAAACACCUAAAAUCUGAAUGCCAUUGCUUUAUUACAAGUAAAAACAGUUUUGCUUUUUGAUCAUUUCAACUGGUGUGGCGGUGGU